CGAAGCACUGAAACAAUAAAGAAAGGAAAGUUUUAUAACAAAUCAAAAUAAAAAUAUUUGAAUUUUGUGUUUUUAUUUUUUGUAUUGUUAAACAGAUAUACUUUGUUUAAACUUAGUUUAAACAAACAAAUCAUACAACACCAAUUCAUUGCUUACAACAUGGAUUGUUGUAACAAUUGGAAAAAGAUAAAAGUAGAAAGUAAUGACGAAUCUUCAUGGUGGACACUGCCGGAGCCAGUUCUUAUUGAAAUCCUUUUGUAUAUAUCGCCAAGGGAUAUAAUUAAUGCAGGCAUGACAUGUCAGCGCUGGUAUGAUAUAUCCAAUGAUAAUACAAUAUGGAAAAAGAAGUUUCAACAAAAACAUAAAACAGACCAAAAUAUACGAAUUAAACCUGGCUGCGAUUCAUGGAAGCAAGAAUACAAAAGGCUUAACCAUAACAUACCUUUUGUAUUGUCUCAAAAACUCGAAGGACAUACUCACCAAGUACUUCAUGUCAGUUUUUCCCAUAAUGGUACAAUGUUUGCAACUUGUUCCAAGGACGGAAAUGUCAUAGUCUGGAACUCCGCUCAUCCUUGUACUGAAAGAUAUUCGCAUAAUAUGAAACUUUUCAGCUGGAAAUACACACAAUACUCGCAAUUCAAUCAAAGUGACACAUUGUUAAUGGUUUCAGGAGUUUACUUUGGACAGCCACAUAGCACGUCUGGUGAAAUAGCUGUGUUCACAGUUGAUGACAAAAAUGAGUCAACUCUUCGUUGUCGUGUAGUAAAUCGUCCAUACGAUGUCUUUGGUACAUGGUUUUGUGAUCAAUAUCUUAUAUCAGGGGAUUUACACUGGCUUGCGCAUCUAGUAAGUACGUCUGUUCUCUGGCUUAAUAAGGCAAGUCAAGAGGUUAGCUCGGAGCAUGUUCCCGUGAUGAACCAAUUAUAUAAAUUCUACAAUCGAAAUGCAAGUUCGGUACGAGCAGUCAUCAUGGCUAAGUGUCCUUGGCUUGAUGAAUCAAAUGACCCUCUAGCCUUAGAAAAAUCUGAAGAACCAGCGGAAUCACCAAACGAAGAUAAUAUCCCAGAAACAUCAUCACAUAGUAAAGCCCGUGGAAAUCCACUAUCCAAUUCGAAUUUUCAAAGCCUCACAAAAGAAUGUAUCGAUGAAGACUUUUUUCUUCCAAAUAUCAAUACAAGAUCAACAAACAGCAACUACACCGAUAAAUCUGUUGAAACAAUUCAUUAUCUAAACGAAUAUCAUAUGAAUUUUGCAGAUAGUGAUAUGGAAAGAGGUGCAGAUGCAUGUAGCAGUUCAGGUGCAGCAGCGAAACAAGAUAAGACAGAAGAAGAUGAUGAAAUGGAAAAUAAUAUUCCACGAUACAUCAUUUUUUCAACGGGCUCCAAAACUUACACACCACAUCAGAUUGGAAUCAAGAGAGUUAGAAAUGUUACUUUUCCUAAAAGACUAGACCCUGGUUUGUCUUUAAGCGAACGCAUUGCUGCAAAGAAAAAGGCAAAAAAGGAACAGCUUAAUCAACCCAGAGUAGAACCUGAUUGGUGGAAUUAUGAGGCCGUUGCAGAUCGCUUUGACAAAAUAGACAAAGUUAUUGACUUGCACGGACACAUAAUUGGAAUGGCUUUAAGUCCAGACCAUAGAUAUUUAUAUGUUAACACACGUCCAUGGCCGAGAGGUUACAUCAUAACGAAUGCCUUGGAUCCCCCACCAAUUGCACAAGAAAUAGACAUUCACGUCAUUGAUCUUAUGAGCUUAAAACUUGUCGGAAAUAUGCUCAAGUCCCACAAGGCUUACACACCCGGUUCCGAAUGUUUCUUUAUCUUUCUUGACGUUUCUGAUAACUAUGUAGCGAGUGGUGCCGAGGAUAUGCAUGCGUAUCUUUGGGAUCGAUAUUAUGGAAUAUGCUUGGCAAAGUAUAAACAUGAUGAUGUUGUAAACAGUGUAGCUUUCAAUCCUCGAGAUUCGGAAAUGCUUGUAACCACAAGCGAUGAUUAUUCUAUUAAAAUUUGGAGAUCCAAAGAAAGUGCUAAGAAACUUGGUUUGGACUUGGAUACGUGUAUAAAAGCUGUAGAGUUGCGUUCAAAGUCUUGAUCGUAAUCAUUACGAAAAAAAAAAUAAUAAUUGUGUGCAUAUAAUUUAUUUAAUAAUUUAUAAUCUUACUUCAGUAAAUUUUUAUUUCAUUUUAAGAGUUU